AUGGCGAACGAAGUGAAAGCCCGAGGAAACUCUGCCUUCUCCGCCGGAGACUUUAAUGCCGCCGUGACCCACUUCACUGACGCCAUCAACCUUGCUUCGACGAACCACGUCCUCUUCUCGAACUGCACGGCGGUUUACACGUCGCCUCACCGAUAGUCCGAUGUUCUCGACGACGCGAAGAAGAUCGUUAAGAUAAAAUUAAACUGGUCCAAGGGCUAUACUCUCGAUGCCGCACAUCUACGGUUAAACCAGUUCCUGGAGGCCGUCGCGGCGUAUAAGAAGUGGCUCGAGAUUGAUCCAAGUAAUGAGGCACUGAAAUCUAGGCUCACCGAUGCGCAGGUCAUCGCGUCAAGAUCACACGCCUGGCCUUCGCUGUUUGCGGCGGCAAUGAAUCCUUUCGGGGAUGCGCUUUAGGGGUCGGAGAUGUGGGCGAAGCUGACGGCGGAUUCUUCAAUGAGAGGAUUUCUCCAACAGCCUAAUUUCGUGAAGGUGAUGUAGGAGAUUCAUAAAAACCCUAGCAAUCUCAAUUUGUACUUGAAGGAUCAAAUGGUGAUGCAGGCUCUUGAGGUCCUGUUGAAUGUGAAGUUCAGACCGCCGCCGCCGGGAGAUGAAGCAGAGGCUCUAGAGCCGGAGAUGGCUUCGUCACUGCGGAGAGAAUCAGAGGUGGAGAAGAGGCGGGAACCGAUGCCAGGCGAGGAGGAAGAGAAGGAGAAGAAAGAGAGAAAGCGAAAAUCCCAUAAGGAGAAAGAGUUGGGAAAUGCGACGUACAAGAUGAAGGACUUCGAUGUUGCCAUCGAGCAUUAAUCCUCGACCAUGGAGAUAGACAAUGAAGACGUCUCUUAUCUCAUGACUCGUGUCGCUGUUUAUCUGGAGAUGGGAAAGUACGGUGAGUGAAUUAAGGAGUGCGAUAAGGCUGUUGAAAGGGUUAGAGAACUCAGGUCAGAUUUCAAGAUGAUAGCAAGGGCUUUGAUUAGGAAAGGAAAUGCUUUCACAAAUAUGGUCAAAUGCUCAUAUGACUAUGAUCGUGCGAUUGAGACAUUCCAGAAAGCUCUUACAGAACCAAACCCAGAUACGUUGAAGAAACUGAACGAGGCAAAGAGAGCCAAAAAAGAGUUGGAGCAGAAGGAGUAAUUUGAUCCACAAAAAGCAUAUGAGGAGCGUGAGAAAAGAAAUGAGUUUUUCACAGAGCAGAAGUAUCCUAAGACUGUGAAACAUUACACCGAGGCAAUCAAGAAGAACCCUAAAGACCUGAGAACAUAUAGCAAGCGAGCUGCUUGUUACACAAAACUUUGGGCAAUGCCUGAAAGGUUGAAGGAUGCAGAAAAGUGUAUAGAGUUAUAUGCAACAUUCUCAAAUGGAUACAAUAGAAAAUGAGCGGUCGUUCAAUUCUUCAUGAAGGAAUAUGAUAGAAUGGAAACUUACCAGGAGGGUCUCAAACAUGAUCCUAAUAAUCAGGAGUUGCUCGACAGUUUAGAAGGCAACAUGAAUUUGUUCUACAGAUGUGUAGAACAGAUCAACAAGGCAAACUUGGGGGACCUAACUCCGGACGAGCUGAAUGAGAUACAAGUUUAGAUUUGGGUAGCCCUUUGGGAUAAAGUUCACAAUGUUUACUGGGAAUUGAAGCAAAUAUUGAGAGAUUUUCAGCAGAAUCCAAAAGCAGCACAGAAACAUGAAGAACCUGUGGUGAUGAACAAGAUUCAAAAGUUCAUCAAUGUCGGGAUUGUCCAAAUGAGAUAG